AUGGGCAAAUUCCACCGGUUAUACAAGACUGACCGUGCGCGCGAUUUCGAUCAUGAGCAGGAUCGAUAUGUGCGCAUGCGACAGAUUUAUGAGACUAUUGACCGGCAGUCUUACCAAUGGGUAGUGGUGCUGGUCGCCGGUCUUGGAUUCUUUCUCGACGGAUAUACUCUCUUUGCCAGCAACAUGGCCCUCCCGAUGGUCUCCUACGUUUACUGGAAAGACGAAGUCUCCUCCAUACGCCUAACAUGCAUCAACAUCGCGACUCUCGCCGGCACGCUAUUCGGAAUGGUGCUCUUUGGGUUCCUCGCGGAUAAGAUCGGCCGGAAAAAGAUGUAUGGUGUCGAAUUGGUUCUGCUGAUUACCGCGACGAUCGGAGUGGUCAUGUCGUCUGACGGACAGAACGGGAGUAUGAAUGUAUACGCCUGGCUGAUCUGGUGGAGAGUCUGUGUCGGAAUUGGCGUGGGAGCAGAUUACCCUCUGAGCGCAGUGAUUACCUCUGAAUUCGCUCCAACGAAGCAUCGAGCCCGCAUGAUGGCCAGCGUUUUCUUCAUGCAGCCACUGGGCCAAAUCGCCGGAAAUCUGGUCUCCCUCAUCGUCAUCGCGGUCGCUCGGAAUAGCGGCGGCAGCGACGAUAUCACACGAACAGUCGACAUGGCCUGGAGAUGGGUGCUUGGGAUUGGAGUUAUCCCCGGAGCGAUCGCGACGCUAUUCCGAUUCGCCAUUCCUGAAAGUCCCCGAUAUCUAGUUGAAAUCGAAGACGAUCCCGUCACCGCCGAGUUCGAUGCAACGACGCUUUUUAACGACACACCCAUGAGUUCAGCGUUCGACACGGCCAGCUUCGUCACUGCGACCGGAAGUGCUAUCCACAUGCCCCCGGUCUCAUCUCUGGCAAGUGACUCCCUUCAUGAAGACGAGGAAUUCAGCAGUUUACCACCCGCCACCCUGAACUCGCACUGGCGACUUGCCCGCACCGAUAUCAUACGAUACUUCUGGACAGAAGGCAACUGGCGGACCCUUCUCGGAACGUCGCUCUCAUGGCUCCUGCUCGACUUUGGAUUCUAUGGAAUUGGUCUCUCGAGUCCGCAGUUCUUGGCCAAGACAUGGGGACAGUUGCAUAUCACCCAGGUCGAGCCGAGCUGGAUGACGGAUAGCCGACCCGGUGCGAAUGUUUAUCAGAUGUUUUUCGACACUUCCGUUCGGGGCCUCAUCGUGCUUAAUAUCGGGAGCUUCGUCGGAGGGUUUCUCCUCAUUCUCUUCGCCCAUCGCAUCGACCGCGUCGCCUUGCAAAAAUACAUGUUCCUUGCUCUGGCGGCUCUCUUCAUUGCCCUGGGAAGCAUGUUUGUCACACUCUACUCCGGGCCACCAGCCGUCGUUGCCCUAUACAUCGUGGGCCAGAUCGUCUUCAAUUUCGGUCCAAACGCAACAACAUACAUGAUCCCAGCCGAGAUCUUCCCCACUCGCUACAGAGGAACAUGCCACGGUCUCAGCGCCGGUGCUGGCAAACUAGGAUCAAUCCUCGUUCAAAUCUUCUCGACUUACUACCACUUCGGCACCGAUCCCGGCCCCGUAUCAACCCACCACCACGGCAUUAUUCUUUUCGUUUUCAGCGCCUGCAUGGUUAUCGGCGCGGCUGUCACGCACUUCUGGAUCCCGCCUCUUCAGCAGAGGAAGGGUCGACAUAGCAUCUGGGGUGGGAAGCCUUAUACUCUGGAGACAUUGGCUCUUGGGCGGAUGGGAAGGAAGAGUCGCGAGACAAAUCUUCGGAAGAGGACUUCUAGACGACGGGCUAUGUCUUUUGGUGGGUAG